UAUACUGUGUUCUAUGACCUAACUAACCUAACCUCUCUUUAAAUGGCGAAUGUUGUGGUAAUAAUAAUUCAAAAAUGUUUUAUAUUCUCCUCUAUAGUGUAUGAUUAGGUCGACAGUUACAUAUUCUUACCUUAUAAUUAUUGUAUUUAUCUUGUAUUCACUUUACCACAGAAACAUUACGACCCUGAUAAAAAGUGAAUCCCAACACAUGAUACCGACAAUAUAUUUAUUGUAAGUGGUUUUGAGGGAAUUGCUAGUUUUAAGCAACUGUUUGUGGAUCUAGUAAUUUGAAAUCAUGAAACCUAACUAUACCCUUAAGUUUACUUUGGCGGGUCACACAGAUGCUGUAUCAUCUGUAAAAUUUAGUCCGAAUGGAAAGUGGUUAGCAAGUUCUGCUGCUGACAAUUUGAUAAAAAUUUGGGGAGCAUAUAAUGGCAAAUUCGAAAAAACCAUAUCUGGUCAUGACAGAGGAAUAAGUGAUGUGGCCUGGUCCAGCGACAGCACGUUGUUAGUAUCCGGUAGUGAUGAUAAAACUUUGAAAAUUUGGGAGUUUGCCUCUGGGAAAUGCUUAAAAACUUUAAAAGGACAUAACCAUUAUGUCUAUUGUUGCAAUUUCAACCCCGAAUCGAACCUCAUUGUGUCGGGAUCUUUUGAUAAGACAGUCAGAAUAUGGGAUGUAAAAACUGGCAAAUGUUUGAGAACGUUACCGGCUCAUUUAGAUAAAGUCAGUGCUGUGCACUUCAACAGAGAUGGAUCCCUAAUUGUUAGUAGCAGUUUGGACGGAGCGUAUAAAAUUUGGGACACAAAGUCAGGCGAGUGUCUGAAAUCUCUGGGAAAUGAAGACAAUUCCGCAGUAGCCUUCGCUAAAUUUUCUCCGAACGGAAAGUAUUUAUUAGUUGCCUACCAGGAUAACACAUUAAAAUUAUUCGACUAUGCUAUAGAUAGAUGUCUGAAAACCUAUGUCGGCCAUAAGAAUGAAAAGUAUUGUAUUUUUGCAAAUUUCUCAAUAACUAAAGGCAAAUGGAUAGUUAGUGGUUCUGAAGACAACAUGGUGUACAUUUGGAAUUUGCAAACAAAAGAAAUCGUUCAGAAGCUGCAAGGACACACUGAUGUUGUUGUAUGUACUUCGUGUCAUCCAACAGAAAACAUUAUUGCAUCUGCUGCUUUGGAAAAUGAUAAGAUGAUAAAAUUGUGGAAAAGUGAUUUUUGAAUCAUAUGUGUAUUGUUUCUGUGAUUUUUUUAAAAUUUUGAUUAUAUUUGUAAGUUUGUAAGAUAACAUACAGAGGCAUGCAGCAUAUGUUUGCAAGUGAUUGUACAUAUUUUAAAUAAUCAAUAAAUAUAAUUUGUGAUAUUAA